CCUCUCGGAGCUCCCCCGCCUCGGUGCCCAGCUCCUAACCCGGGGCCAGCCGGCCGGAGGAAAUGCCCUGGCAGCAGCAGGCGAAGCGCAGGCUGGAGCUCGGAGAAAGCGGCCAUCAGUACCUCGCCGAUGGUUUAAAAACUCCAAAAGGCAAAGGGAGAGCUGCUGUAAGAAGUCCGGACAGUCCAAAAACGCCCAAAUCUCCCUCGGAAAAAACCCGGUACGAUACCUCGCUCGGGCUGCUCACCAAGAAGUUUAUUCAGCUGGUGAGCCAGUCCCCCGACGGGGUCCUGGAUCUGAACAGAGCGGCGGAGGUCCUUAAGGUGCAGAAGCGGCGGAUUUACGACAUCACCAAUGUGCUGGAAGGCAUCCAUCUCAUUAAGAAGAAAUCCAAAAACAACGUCCAGUGGAUGGGCUGCAGCCUCUCCGACGACGGCGGCGGCGGCGGCGGCACGCUGGCUCGGUGUCAGGGCCUGUCCAAGGAGGUGAUGGAGCUCAGCCUGGAGGAGAAGAAGCUGGACGAAUCGAUCCGGAGCUGCACGCUGGACCUCAGACUCUUAACCGAGGACGCGGAGAAUCAGAGGCUGGCGUACGUCACGUAUCAGGAUAUCCGAAAAAUCAGUGGCCUUACAGACCAAACCGUCAUAGUGGUGAAAGCCCCUCCCGAGACGAGACUUGAAGUGCCUGACCCGUUAGAGAACCUCCAGAUACAUUUAGCGAGUACCCAGGGACCGAUCGAAGUUUACCUGUGCCCAGAAGAGAACGAAAUCCACAGUCCGGUCAAGUCCUGCAACCAAGACCAUAAUGGGAAUAUUCCUAAAUCUAGCUCCAAAGACGCCCGCCGUAAUCCUCUCUCCGCUUCCUCCGUCCCCUUUCCACGCGGCGACUCCACAGACCUGGCCUCGACCGACUCGGGACACGGAGACUGUUCGAUCUCUACGGCCGGCCUCUCCCCCUUGGCCUCUCCGACCAAUCUCCUCCAGCAGACCGAGGACCAGAUCCCCUCCAAUCUAGAAGGGCCCUUUGUGAACUUACUGCCUCCCCUGCUGCAGGAAGACUACCUCCUAAGCCUCGGCGAGGAAGAGGGCAUCGGCGACCUCUUCGACGCUUACGAUUUGGAAAAGCUUCCCUUAGUGGAGGACUUCAUGUGCAGCUGAUCGCGGUCCCGUCCCUACCCCUCUCCGGCUGAACCGUUGUUAUUUUUUGAAUCGUGAAGAGAGGACGCCCCUC